GAUUUCCACAACUAAAGUUGAGAAUCAUUCAAACAGUCUUAAUUAGCAUGGCUAUCAGUGUUGCAUUCUUGAAUUUAAUUCUGAUGUUUUUAGUAGUUUCAACAGGGAAUUCACUAAGCUUAAACCACUAUGAAAAGACAUGCCCUGAUGUGGAGUUCAUUGUGGCCAAGACGGUGAAAGCUGCUACUUCUCAGGACAAAACUGUCCCUGCAGCACUUCUGAGGAUGCACUUCCAUGACUGCUUCAUUCGGGGAUGUGAUGCCUCUGUGCUGUUAAACUCAAAAGGAAGCAACAAAGCAGAGAAAGAUGGACCACCAAAUGUUUCUUUGCAUGCAUUCUUUGUCAUUGAUGGUGCAAAGAAAGCAGUAGAAGCUGCAUGCCCUGGUGUGGUCUCCUGUGCUGAUAUCCUAGCUCUAGCAGCAAGGGAUGCAGUAUUUCUGUCUGGAGGUCCAAGUUGGGAUGUACCUAAAGGAAGAAAGGAUGGAAGAAAAUCCCAGGCCAGUGAAACCACACAAUUACCAGCACCAACCUUCAACAUAUCACAACUACAGAAGAGCUUCUCUCAAAGAGGUCUAUCAAUUGAAGACUUGGUAGCUUUGUCAGGAGGACAUACUUUAGGUUUCUCUCACUGCUCAUCCUUCAAGAACAGACUCCAUAGUUUCAAUGCUACACAUGAUGUGGACCCUGCAUUGAAUCCAUCAUUUGCAGCAAAGCUAAAAUCAAUUUGUCCACUGAAAAAUCAUGCAAAGAGUGCUGGUUCCACCUUGGAUGCUUCUUCAACUACAUUUGAUAAUACAUAUUACAAGUUGAUCCUCCAAGGGAAGAGCAUUUUUUCUUCUGAUCAGGCUCUUCUUGAUACCCCAAAUACCAAGGAUCUUGUUUCUAAGUUUGCUACCUCACAAGGUGCUUUUUACAAAGCUUUUGUGAAGUCCAUGAUCAAAAUGAGCAGCAUCAAUGGUGGGGGAGAGAUUAGGAAGGACUGCAGGGUCGUCAAUUAGAAAGCCUUUCUUAUAGCGUGUUCGGGUCAGAAUUCAUCAGAAUCAAUUUUAAAGCCCAGAAACUACUUACAGAUUCUGGUUUCAGAAUCAAUUGUAGAAGUAUUUACAAAAGUGCACAUAGUUUCAUUCGAGUUAAACUAUAAUUUCCGAUUAAGAGAAGCAGGAUGGCAGCAUGUGUCCUGUUUGAGAAAUGGAAAUAAUUUUUUCUACAUUAUUAUAAGUACAUGUACUUUCUCAUUGUAAUGAAUUUUAAGCAUGUCUUGUGAAA